UCUUUACAAAUGUUUUUACAGCAGAAGGAUAUCACAGAUUAUUUUUAUCUUUAUUUAAAGUAAUUAAUGAAGUAAGCGGUCAACCUAUUAAAUUUCAGCAUAUUCACAAACAAGGUAUCGGUUGUAUUUUAGCUGAUUUAGAUGCAGCACAAGCUAAAGGAUUAGGAUUAGCCUUGCAUGAUCUAGAUCAUGAAAGAGAUUGGAAAACUCAUUUAACCUUUUAUUUUUAA